CCUGUCCCUGGCAGGCUGUACCAAACUCUUGAGGGCGGGCUCCCAGGCACAGUCGACGAAACGUCUAUCUGCUUCUAGCUUUCUCUCUGUCUGUCUCCACAGGUCUCACUGUGUUUGGAGUCCCAUCACAAUGGCUGAUCCGACGUCUCCAGAUUACUUCAGCUGCACCCUGUGUCUGAACCUCCUGAAGGACCCCGUGGCUAUCCCAUGUGGCCACAGUUUCUGCAUGGACUGCAUCAGUGGCUACUGGAAUGAGGCUGACUACACAGGGAUUUACAUUUGUCCCCAGUGUAAGAUCACAUUCACGCAGAGGCCUGUGCUCCGCCCCAACGCCACUCUGAGCAUGGUGGCAGAGAAGAUCAAAAAGAGCGGCCUGAACCUCAACCUCAACAUGUCCCAGGGGAAUAUCUACGCCGGGCCGAACGACGUCCCCUGCGACUUCUGCACUGGGAAGAAGUUAAAGGCUGUGAAGUCCUGUCUGAACUGUCUGGCGUCCUACUGCGAGAAGCACCUGAAGCCUCACUAUGAAUCAGCCACGUUCAAAAGGCACAAGCUGGUGGAGGUGCUGGGGAACUUGGACAGGAAGAUCUGCCCGCAGCACCAGAAGUCCCUGGAGCUCUUCUGUCGAACAGACCAGAUGUGUAUCUGUGCUAUCUGCACAGUCAGUGAGCACAAGGGCCAUGACAUUGUCUCUGCUGAGGCAGAGAGAGGGGAGAAACAGAAACUAUUGGGCAUCUCCCAAGCAGAGAUUAGACAAAAAGGCCAGGAGAGGGAGAAGGAGCUGGAGGAACUGAAGACUGCAGUGGAUUCACUGAAGAACUCAGCCCAGAGAGCCAUGGUGGAGAGCCAGAAGAUGUUUGAGGACAUGAUCCGCUCCAUUGAGAGGAUGAGGUCGGAGGUGACCAAGCUGAUUGGCAUCAACGAGAAGGCCGCUUUCAACCAGGCCGAGGCUUUGAUCGAGCGACUGGAACUAGAGAUUGAUGAGCUGAAGAAAAAGGAGUCGGGGCUCAAGCAGCUGUACAGCACGGAGGACCACAUCCACUUCCUGCAGAACUUCAACUACCUCUGCACUCCAACCGAUGAUGGCUUCAUUCCCAAAGUGACAGUAAACCCUGACUUUUCCUUUGGGGCUGUCAGGAAAGCUGUGUCUGAGAUCAAGGAUCGCCUCGAGGAGUUUGGCAGAGAGGAGCUGCUUAAGAUCUCCAAGUCAGUGAGUGAGGUGCCGGUGUACACUACAGAAAGUCGGACAUUGGACAGAAAGAGCAGAGCUGCAGGCAAAGAAAUGGCGGUGAACAACCUUCUUCCUGCAGAGCCCAAGAGCAGAGCAGACUUUGUGAAAUACUUCUGCCAGCUGAAAUUAGACUCGAGCACAGCUUACAAGGAGCUGUUCAUCUCUGAAAACAGCAGAAAAGUCAUCCGCACCAGGGACCUGCAGCCCUAUGAAGACAUCCCGGAGCGGUUUGACAGCUUUGCCCAGGUGCUGUGCCGGGAGGCCCUGUCUGGUGGACGCUACUACUGGGAGAUCGAGUGGAGCGGGGAGUUCUCCAUCGGAGUGGCCUACAGGAGCAUCAGUCGAAAGGGCAAAGGCUCGUUGUGCCUGCUGGGCUACAACGACAAAUCCUGGAGUCUCCUCUGCUCCGACUCGGGCUACUCUGCCUGGCACAACCGGGUGGAUAAGUCCAUCAACGCCCCCCACUCCCCCAGGAUAGGCAUGUACCUGGACCACACUGCGGGUGUGCUGGCAUUUUACAGCAUAAGCAACACCAUGACCCUCCUGCACAGGUUUGAGACCACAUUUGUUGAGCCCCUCUAUCCAGGCUUUGGAGUCGGGACCUCAGUCAAGAUCUGCAACAUCAAGUGAUCGUCAACAUUUGAAAAUAUUUUCCGUUUCUUACACUACACAGCAAAGCUUUUGGAAUAUAUAUUAUUUUGCAAAGUAUUAAAGUUGUACCAAACCUAUUUUUUAGAGAAACAUCCUUCCAAAUGUGUAUAUAUUUUUUAACCCCACAUAUUACCUUUUGCAUUCGGCUGUCAAAUCACUGUUUCAUGUUAGUUUUCUAAGACCUUACUCAAGUACUACCUAAUAAGUACAAUAUAAUAUAAAGAAAAGUGUUACUCCAUUUAGCAUCCGAUAAAAACUGUUAAUGUUACAAGAUAUCAGUAAACAGUAUAUGUCCACAGAUAAUAUAUCAUACAUUAUUAGUUUUAGAUUUUAGAUUUACAAUUAUAACAUAAGGUAUGGCAUAUUGCAAAUAAGGAUGUAAUUAUAACUCAUCAUGACUCUACCCUUGAGAUCACCUGAGGAACAUUUUCCUAUGUGUCAUUACUCUGUUGCCCAACGUUAUUGCAGAAUACAUUAAAACACAUUGCAGCUUGUAUAAUGUUCACGUUGCUGCAUUCACAGGUAUUAUGUUUUCAGUACAUUCUGAAUAUUUCAGUGUCAUUUCAUUGUAUUUUGAUGUUAUCUGUCCAUCAGUUGCUGAGUCCCUACAGCUGUUUUUCACUUGAACUAACCCAUAUUUAAAUGUGCAUAUGUUUACUUAUAUAAUGGCCAACCGGAGUAUAACUGUUAUCCAGAAAAGACUUGUUUUGUAACAAAAUGAUUCAUUUAUAGUUCGAAAUAAAGAGCUAAGUGAACGAA